UUCCAGGCAUGCAUGCAAACUCUGCAACACCAUAUCCGUCACACUAGUUUUUCACACCCUGUCAGCAAGACUGCAAAUAGAACAAUCAGCUAAUUGUAUUGCCACGCAACGUAUGAUACGACUAUUAUGUGCUAAUAACCAACCCAACAAAUCCUCAAAUCGUAGGGAUUAUAUACAAAGGAAAAAUACACUCACACUGUAUGUAUUGCAUUAAUCUGAUGCAGACAUACACGAUCAUCACAAAAGCUUGUACAGUAGUAGAUCAUAUGGGGUCAUCCCAUCCAGGACUGCAUGCAAACUCUGCAACAUCAUCCAUCAAUCAGAGUUUUUCACACCAGCAAGACUACAAUAAAAAAAUCAGCUAAUUGUAUUGACACGUAAAAUCCUAAAAUUGUUGGAAUUAUAUUUUAUAUAUAUUGGACUUUAGCCCUUUAUCAAACAGGUAUAACUUUAUGACUGGCAUCCCCCUUUAUACUACAUGUAUCCCUUUCCUGGGACACUAAUUGUUACACUAACUGGCAUGCCAAGCUAGUCGUGAUGACAUGUUUUUUCUGCAAUGAUACUUGGGAUUAAUUUAAAAAACAUACCUUUUUUCCCUAUGACACUAGUAUAUUCAUAUAUUUUCUUGUGGGUAUGCUAGCAUGACUUAAAAAGAGCUAGCUGGGGCCCUACAUGAUGUCGGGUGAGUGGGAGGCUAGUGGUUAGCUUGUUAACGCAGCAUAGCCUAAGCGUGCCACCCUGCAAGUCUCCAAACGUCCGCAUCUUCCCUUUCAGUUACCCCAAACAAGUCUCUUUUAAUUAGCAGGUUACAAAGUCCCUCUCAACCAUCUGGUGCAUGAUUCUCUCCAUUCAUCUUAUAAUCAUGUAAUCAUCCUUUUGUCUGAAUUUAAGUCUCAUACCUACUUAUACCUUGAGAGGAAAAGACGGCCAUGACCUUCCGUCUUCAUUAACUCAACUUCCAUUUUGCGAGUAAACGUUUACAUAAAGAAAUUUAUGGCAAAACAUUACUUAAUUGGAGUAAUACUAUAGAGUAGCCAGAGUCUUCAACCUCACAGGAACCGUACCACUAAAAAUACACUAAUGAAUUUUAGAACUUUGGUAUCAGUAAUCUACUAGCGGUGCUGAGUACUUUUGGGGGGCCAGCUAAGAUCUUCGUUUGCACUAAUUAUGCCGUAAACCCCAUAGUUAGAACAAUGACUAACCUCUACGGUAGAGUGCAAUGAACAGGCUGUUCUAGGUACACGGUGUUCUAGCACAGGCUGUUCUAGCAUUAGACAAUUGUACCAAACCUUGCACUAAAUAAAACGAAAAUCCACAAAGACAAUGUCUGCUCUUGCUUUAAGCACCAUACCUUCCUUCUUUCUGGUAUGGGAUUGAAAUCUUUGUGCUGUGUCUAACUGCAAUACUACUAACAUCUUUGCAUGAUUGGUUGUUGUACUGCUAUUCUAACAAUCAUUCCUUUUGAAAAUGGAGGAGUAUUGCUAAAAAAAUGGAGAAAACCCGGCCAAGGUCAGUUUUUUUUUUUUUUGAAGGUCACCGGGAGGGGAGAGAAUCCCCCACCUGAAUUUCAUUCAUUAGCCCCGAAGUGGCCCAGCAGAUUGUUUAAAGGUUUUACAACAUAAAGGUCAGUUUAGUCAAUGUACCUGACACGAAAAGAGUGUCAAUGCACCGACUACAUUCAUGACUUGCACAUUUAAGAAAAUCAGGAGGGUUUUUAUUCCCCUGAUUGUCUCAGUCAGCAACCACCGCAUACCAGUUCUGGAAAAAGAAAUAGCAGCACACCAUCCUGCUGCCUCUUCCUCCUUUCAUUCUUAUACCCUCGCCCAACGUAAAAGCAAUGGAGAACAGCUUGUUGUUAGCAUCAUUGCAGUUGCAGAACCAGAGGGAGGAGGAGGAGGACGAAGCAAAGCAAAGGAAGGCAAUUAAGGAGGAAUCAGUGGAGGUAGCAGAAUCAUGGAUUGCUGCAUCUGCAGCCCCAUGGCCACCAUGUACAGGCUUCCGAGGAACGCUAUCUGUGCUCCUUGCCAUGAAGGUGCCAAGGCCAUCAUCAGCUUCCUGAACAAGGAUGAGGAGCAAGAAGAUGGCGGCCAUGGUUCUGCCAUCUCCCACGCGCCAUCGAAGCUUAACAGCUCAAACAAGGGAAUGAGAGAUGCAUGGGAGCAGGUGAAGGAGAUGAGAGACAGGGAGGAUCAGACAAAGCAGAGAGCCGCCUUCCUUGAGCACGGCUUCGCGCUGGCGUGGAAGGAGGGAAUCCACACCGACAUCGUCGUGAAACCUGGAACUGGGCCCCCAAUUCCAGCCCACAAAGCCAUCCUUGUGCUACUACUAAUAAUAAGACGAGUUCCAGUUGAGCCCAAUUCAUCAAAAUAAUUUCCCAUCUGGUGGAAAUGGAAAUGGAAUGCAAUGCAGGCCGCCAGGUCGGAGGUGUUCCGGCACAUGCUGUCCGCCGACGACCACUGCAAGGCCCCUGCCGGCGACUCCUUCUCCCUCCCCGAGCUCUCCCACGCCGAGCUCUCCCUCCUCCUCGCCUUCCUCUACACCGGCGCCCUCGACCAGGACCUGCCGGAGCGCCACCUGCACGCGCUUCUCGUCGCCGCCGACAAGUACGACGUCCCGUUCCUGCGGCGGGCCUGCGAGGCGAGGCUGGCGGCGAGCGUGGAGCCCCGGAACGCGCUGCGGACGCUGGAGGUGGCCGAUCUCAGCUCAAGCGCGGUGCUCAGGGAGCGCGCCAUGGACACCGUGCUGGAGCACGCCGAGCAGGUGGUGUUCUCGCCGGAGUACGAAGGCUUCGCCGUCAGGAACGCGGCGCUGUGCGUGGAGAUCACCCGGGCGCUGCUGGCCAAGAUGUCGACGACGACAACUAGUAAAUCGGAUCCCCAUCAUGCAUAGAUCGAGGAUGUGUAGAGCGGCUCUUGCUUAAUUAGUUUUGACUUUUGAUCGUGUGACUGAUACGUGUACAUGAACAUGUCUGAAACUCUGAAACAUCCAUUGCAAUUUGCAACACACAGGUGACCACAUAACUGAUGAUCGAAACAUUUCCACACACAGAGUGUUUCGUUUUGAAA